GCAGAGCAGAGCACGAUGCCUUUUCUGCACGGCUUCCGCAGGAUCAUCUUUGAGUAUCAGCCUCUGGUAGAUGAGAUCUUGGGGUUGCUGGCGAUACAGGAUGCGGAACAGCAAAGCGCCCUUGAGAGCCCUGCCUGUCUGGGCAGUGACAGGAGCCAGCUCUCGGCUGUGAGACGAGUCUUGGAGAGGGAGACCCACUCCCCAUUUUAUCAGGAAGCCGUGAGCUAUGCCCUGCUGAAGGUCACUGAGCUGGGGCUUGUCCCCGCCGCAGAAGUCCUCUUGGAGUUUGGAGCUGACCUCAGCUUUGAAGAUCCUGUCACCUACUAUACCCCUCUGCACAUCGCGGUGCUCCGCAACCAGCCGGAUAUGGUGGAGCUCCUGGUGCACCACGGGGCUGACAUCAACCGCAGAGACCGGAUCCAUGAGAGCAGUCCCCUCGAUCUGGCCAGCGAGGAGCCCGAGCGGCUGGCAUGCCCCGCGAAUGUCAACGCAGCUGACAAAAACGGAAAGACAGCACUGUUGCAUGCCCUGGCCAGCAGUGACGGGGUCCAGAUCCACAACACGGAGAGCAUCCGUCUCCUGUUGGAGGGAGGUGCAGAUGUCAGAGCCACCACCAAAGAUGGUGACACUGUCUUCACCUACGUCAUCUUCCUGCUGGGAGAGAUGGUGUGCAGCAACACUGAGGAGGCACAGGUGAUCAAUCGCUUCUGCUUCCGUGUCACGCAGCUGCUGCUGGCUCACGGUGCCAACCCCAGCGAGUGCCCAGCCCCUGAGUCCCUCACCCACCUCUGCUUCAAAAAUUUCAAACGCCACUUCCCGCUGCUGCGUUUCUUGCUGGAGUCAGGUGCUACCUACAACUGCUCCCUCCACGGUCCCUCGUGCUGGUCAGGCUUCCACAUCGUCUUUGAGUGCCUCUGCUCGCACCUCAGUGUCUCUGAAGACGACAGCUUCUCUACAGACCUCAUCCAGAAGGGUCAGACUCUGCUGGAGCUCAUGAUGGCCAGUUCACAAGCCAUCCAGCUGCCCAGCAACUUUGAGGUCAAUACCAGCAGCUGUAGGUACCACGGGGAAAAGAUCAGGACUCUCUUCUGCUCUCUGAAGCAGCUGGAGCGCUCCCCACAGGCAUUGAAACAUCUCUGCAGAGUGUUUAUCCGGCAGCGCCUUAAACCGUGGCCAGUAGAUGUCAAAAUCAAGGCUCUACCUCUUCCAGACAGGCUGAAGUGGUACCUCCUCAUUGACCACGCUGCUGCCGGGCACGAGGACCUCUGA